UCACUGUCCCGGGAUGCUGAGGGUGUGUGUGUGUGUAUAAGCUACAUCCACGUUCCUCAGCAUCUGUGGUUCAUGAAAGACAUGUCCUAACAUUUGGUCUGUAAAUGUCUGAUCAAAACAACGACAGAUAUUCAUUUGGUUGAGCGACGCCAAACUGGCUUCGGGCUGACAGAAUCCCUCUUCUGUGGGUCUGAUGAAGCUAGUCAUGGCUCUCAUGAGAAGACCAGGGACCAGAGCCAUUGUUUCGGAGCUCAAUCCUUCAGCCUCUUGCACUGCACCUGAGGGAAGUGAAAAGCUCAAUGGAGAUGGAGUUGAUCCAAUUCCUGAGCAACUUCAGGACGACAAGCUGGACAUCCAACCAUCCUCGCCUACUCCAGCUAGGUCCUUUCUGAGUGAUGGGUCUGGGGACGACUCCAUCCUAGCCGAAAGCCCCCUUCCGCCAGAUAGCAUGGAAGAAGACUCGCUGUCCGAAUAUGAUAAUGUAGGAUCUGGGGAAGAAGAGGAGGAGCGUGAUUAUGAGGAAGAUGAGGAACUGCAGACUGAAGCAGAUAGGAUGACCUACUAUGUCCACUGUUGUCCAGAGGAUGAAAGCUACAUGGAAGGAAUGGACUGCCAUGAAGGUGCAGAUGGUGCCGAGUGUCCAGGCACAUCUCGGGACGUCAGGGAUAGCUGUACACCAGAGGUGGCUUGGAAACACUCAGAAAACCUUUCCAAGGUACCACAGAAAGAUGCACCAAAGAUGGUCUACAAACGACCAGAGCCCAUCACAGAGACGACCUUCGUACAAGCCCCCAUGGCUGAGGAUGAGGAGGAUGAAGAAGAGACUGAGGAAGAAGUGGAAGAGGACAGUGAAGAAGAGGACAAUGAUUUUUUUCACUAUGUAGGGAACAAAGUGGAGUUGAACAACAAUGAGGUCCCACAUAAAGGCGGUUGUUCUGAAGUCUUUCUCAGAGACAACAGAAGUCGUCCCCAAGAAUCUAGUCACGAUAAAUUGUGGCAAGAAAGUGAUUCAGUAAGUAACUAUAGAAGGAACCAAGACAUUUCCAAACACCCAAGGGAUAUCCCUCCAGGGUCAAGUUGUGCUCCUAGGAAUCGAAUGGAAAGCGUUCAGGAAGAGUGUGCUAGUGGCUGUCCAAAAGAUUGUGAUGUCCCAGUGGUCAGAGAAUGUAGAGGAGACACUAGACAAAGUUUCAGAUUUAGAGGGCAUAAUUCGGAGAGAGUACACAACAGAGACAUUGCUUACCAGGACAGUAGCGGGGUCAACAAUAAAGCAAAAUUUGCAGAUCCAGAGGACAGAGGUGCUUGGAAAAAAAGACAUUUGCUAAAAUACUCUAGAGAGGACAACAGGGACGGAGAUGGGAAACAUUCACACGAGCAAAGUAAAAGUCCUAGAGACAGCAAAAACAGAGGACAUGACCAUCCCGUUUGUAAUCACAAACCAAAGGGUGAAAAAGAGACAAGGAGCUAUGGUGAUGUUGAGGAAGACCAGAUUGUGAUUGGAGUUAAGACCAAACUUAAAAUUGCUCCAAAUAACUCAUGGAGGAACAAAGAUCAGACACCUGAUCAGACAAAUAAUGGGAAAGGGGCUCCUGACAGUUCCAGGGCCUCUUCAACAUCAUCAGGCAGGAGAAACAGCCAAUCCAGAGCCCAUGUUAAUACGCCUGUACAGUCCCCAGACAAAUGGCUGCAUAAAGACUUGGCCAAACCUGUUCAAAAGGAGAAGACAAGGCCUAGUCAAGAACAGGUUCCUCAAAGUAGUCCAGUGCACAGUAGUACAGAGCUACCAUCCGGACAGAAGAGACCGCAGAUCCAGAGAAAUCCCUCUUUUCCAAGCUUUGUGGAUAUCCCUGGUCCAUGUGAGCCAGAAGAUCUCAUCAAUGGAAUAAUCUUUGCUGCAAACUACCUCGGCUCUACCCAGCUGCUGUCCGAAAGAAACCCGUCUAAAAGCGUGCGCAUGAAGCAAGCGCAGGAGGCUGUGGACUUUGUUAAGUCUGUAGAAGGUGAAGCUCAGAGCUUGACUGAGAUUGACUUGUUCAUCUCAACCAAGGCCAUCAAGGUGCUCAAUGCUGACACACAGGAGACGAUGAUGGACAACGCGCUCCGCACCAUCUCAUACAUCGCAGACAUCGGUAGCGUGGUGGUUCUGAUGGCCCGCCGCCGUCUGUCGAACUCCUCCUCACUCGACUGCACAGAAUCAGACCUCAGCACAGAGAGUCAGAAGCAGUACCGCAUGAUGUGCUACGUCUUUGAGUCAGAGGAUGCCCAGCUCAUCGCACAGUCCAUCGGUCAGGCGUUCAGCAUGGCCUACCAGGAGUUCCUCCAAGCCAAUGGGAUCAAUCCCAAGGACCUCAGCCAGAAAGACUACAGUGACAUAUUGAACACACAGGAGAUGUAUAAUGACGACCUCAUCCAUUUCUCCAAUUCUGAAAACCUUAAAGAGCUUCAGCUAGAGAAGCAGAAGGGGGAGAUACUGGGUAUGGUGAUCGUGGAGUCGGGCUGGGGCUCAAUCCUCCCCACCGUCAUCCUGGCCUGCAUGCUGAACAACAGCCCUGCCGCCCGCUCCGGCAAACUCAAUGUGGGCGAUCAGAUCAUGGCCGUCAACGACACCAGUCUGGUGGGCCUGCCUCUCGCCACCUGUCAGGGCAUCAUCAAGGGCUUGAAGAAUCACGUUCAGGUGAAACUGAGUGUAGUGAGUUGCCCACCUGUUACUACUGUCCUCAUCAAGAGACCAGACCUGCAAUACCAGCUCGGUUUCAGCGUUCAGAACGGAAUAAUCUGUAGUCUGAUGCGUGGAGGUAUUGCGGAGAGGGGAGGGGUGCGUGUCGGACACAGAAUAAUCGAGAUAAAUGGACAGAGUGUGGUGGCGAUGGCGCAUGAGAAAAUCGUCCACGCCCUUUCAGUGUCCGUUGGAGAGAUUAACAUGAAAACUAUGCCGGCCGUCAUGUUCAGAUUGUUAACUGGUCAAGAGACUCCGGUGUACAUAUAAGGAAUCCUAAACCUGGGACCUUUUCCGG